CCGCGCUCCAAACAACCGCGCGACUGCGCCCGGCCCGCGGGUUUCGGUCGCCCGGCCCGACCCGCGCCCGGGAAAGCCCGAGAGUGCCUAAGGGACAAAUGCCGCGCCCCGGGACUCUGCCGACGGCUGAGCGGACACCGGUGGCCGCGGGCGGCCCUCGGCCUUCCCUUCCAAUCGGGCCGGGCGCGCCGAGGUGGCCCCUCCGAGAGACCCAUUCCCCCGCCCGAGCCCAGCCGCCGGGCCCCGCACCUGCGGCUCCGGGCGCAUGUUCCAGCAGCUCCCGGGCCGGAGCCCCGUCCUUGGCUAGUCCCUGGGGCCGCCAGACCCUCCGUCUCGGCGCCCCUCAAAUCUCAGGGACAGUCCUGGCCUCCCGCGUUGGGGCGGAGGAGGCGCCUGGGGUCCGCGGAGGGGCGCCGGGUCCACGCGAGGACGCGGCCGAAAUAAAUGUUAAUAUGGAGAAUGAUUUUAAGACUGAUUCGUCAUCAUCUGCCUUUGCUCUUCCAAGUUCUUCAGAGACUAUGUUUUCAAUUCAGCUAUUAGAUUUCAAAACAAGUUUACUGGAAGCAUUAGAAGAGUUACGGAUGAGAAGGGAAGCAGAAACUCAAUAUGAAGAGCAGAUUGGGAAAAUUAUCAUGGAGACACAAGAACUUAAAUGGCAAAAAGAAACUCUUCAGAAUCAAAAGGAAACAUUAGCAAAGCAACACAAAGAAGCAAUGGCAGCUUUUAAAAAGCAGUUGCAAAUGAAGAUGUGUGCCUUGGAAGAAGAAAAGGGAAAAUAUCAACUUGCUACAGAAAUAAAAGAAAAAGAAAUAGAAGGAUUGAAGGAAACACUAAAAGCAUUACAGGUUUCUAAAUAUUCAUUACAGAAGAAAGUCAGUGAAAUGGAACAAAAAGUCCAGUUACAUCUUCUGGCUAAAGAAGAUCAUCAGAAGCAACUGAAUGAAAUUGAGAAAUAUUAUGGCACCAUAACAGGUCAAUUUGUAUUGGUGAAAGAGAAUCAUGAAAAGUUAGAACAAAAUGUACAGGAAGCAAUACAGCAAAACAAAAGACUUUCAGCUUUAAAUAAAAAACAAGAAUCUGAAAUAGACAGUUUGAAGAAGGAACUAAAAAAAGUUACGUCAGACUUGAUAAAGUCCAAGGUCACAUGUCAACAUAAGAUGGGAGAAGAAAACAUCCAUUUAACAAUUAAAGAACAGAAAUUUCAAGAACUUCAGGAAAGAUUCAACAUGGAGUUGGAAUUAAAUAAGAAGAUUAAUGAAGAGAUCACACAUAUUCAAGAAGCAAAAAAGGAUAUCAUCAUUUCUUUCCAACAUAUGCAACAGUUACUUCAGCAUAAAACUCAAGUUAGUACUGAACUGGAAGCAAAUUUGAAGAUGUUAAAAGAAAAGAAUCAGACCCUUGAAAGAGAUAAUGAGCUGCAAAGGGAGAAGGUAAAAGAAAAUGAAGAAAAGUUCCUUAAUCUUCAAAAUGAGCACGAGAAAGCACUGGGAACUUGGAAAAAGCAUGUUGAAGAACUUAAUGGAGAAAUUAAUGAAAUAAAAAAUGAGUUAUCAUCACUUAAAGAAACUCAUACUAAGUUACAAGAACGUUACAAUGAAUUAUGUGAUCAGAAGAAGUUUGAGGAAGACAAGAAGCUUCAGAAUAUUCCAGAAGUAAAUACUAAAAACAGUGAAAUGUCAAUGGAAAAAUCAGAAAACAUCAUACAGAAAUACAAUUCUGGGCAAGAAAGAAAGAAAGAUACUUUGAGUUUUUGUUCAGAUACAAACUACAGAGAAAAGGAGAAGAAAGAGGGUCCGUUUAUAGAAGUCAUCGUAGAAGAUUUACAGCUUUUUGAAGAAAGCUCCAAGAAUGAAACUGAUCCUACUGUAUCUCAGGAUGAAAAUCAGAGUGAAAUCUCCCUAAGCAAAAACCUCGGCACAGAAAAAGAACUAAUUAGUCAAGCACAAACCUUGAAUGUUACUGACUUUAGAAAAGCAGUUAUCGCAGAAAUAAAAGAUAAAGUGGGUUCAGGAAAAGACAAUGGAUGUACAGAAUUUAAAUCACCAAAAAAUUCUUUUUUAGUGGCAGACAGAUCAACAGAAACAGAAAAGAUACUCCUAGAAGGAACUGAAGGAUUUGAUCUUCACAAUGCAGAUGCCCAUCUGGAGGUUGAUAAUAAAAGAUCAUCUAACAAUAUCCUAAGUGGGGUGGCUCAGCAUACAAAUCAAAAGAAAGAGGUUCCUGAAAAUGAACCAUUUGAACGGUUCAGAUUGCUUCCAGGGAUUCAAGAAAAUGCCACAGAGAAGGAAAUUACAAGUAGUGACCAAACCAAAGCAUAUCUGGAUUCAUCUCUCAAUGUAGAAAAGAAUGCUGUUCAGUGUCAGAAAUACAGUUUACAGGAGUCAACUAAUGUUAUGUUAGAUGAUCAACAAUGUAAAAUAAACCAAAUGCAACUGUUAAAUAAGGAAAGUGAGUGCAGUGUAUUGCCAUUUAAACAAACUUCAGUUUUCCAGCAGAUCUGUAAUGAUACUUUAGAGAGACCUGAACCGACUAUUCCCUCUGACACAGCAACUUUCAGUGAGAAUUUGAAAGUACUUAAGAAUUCAGAUAAAAAUGUUAAUAUUAUGCCUAUGUUGGUGAAACCCAACUCAAGCCCUGGUGAAAGAACUAUGCAGGAAAAUCUGAAUGAGAUGCACACUAGCCAGCUAAAGAACUGUCUGGGAUACUUAGAAAACAGUGCAACCACUUCCCAUCUUCAGGCUAAAAAUGAGAAUAUACAUACUUCACAAGCUGAAGACAUGAAAAUUGCUGUUCCUAUGCAAACUUCCACAGAAAUACAGUUUUCUAAUAAAGAGAGUCAGAUUGACGAGACUCAGAUAACUAACGCCACAAAAAAUGACCUCUUCCUUUUUGUGAAUGUCAAUGAAAGACAGCAUUCAUUGUUAAAUAAUACAGAGAAAACAGAGUCAUUAAAUGACAUCGUUUCAGGAAAAAUUUACAGUGAAGGACAGCUGGAAGAAUCAUGUUCAUUUCACAUAAAGCCAUCUGGAGAUUUAGUAAACAGAAGUGGAAGGUCAGCCUUUGAUCUUUCAACUUCAGAUAAAAAAACUGAGAAAAUUCCAGUAUAUGUGAAUUUCUUAGACCCCAGUCCUUGGUCAAAAGUAAAUCAAACUGAAAGUCAAACACUGAGCACUUCAACUUCUAGCAUUCCUUUGUUGAAGGAGAGACCAAUAGGCCCAUCAGCAAACAAAAAUCCGGUUUCAAUGACACUUUGCAAAAACGAUGAUGGAAUCAGGAAGGAUACUGGACCAGAUACUACCAGCAUUAACAGAGUUGCUGACACUUUGAAUAACUCGAGUAUCCAUCCAGAUCCCAAGGGAGAGCCCAGUGAAGAGAGGAAUGCAACUGCAAAGACUUUUUACGAUUCUUCUUUUCCCACAGAACACGUGGAAACUAAGCCCCUGAAAUCAGUUCUGCUCCAAAGCCAUUUUCAGGCAACCAAGAUUAAAGAUCUUACUGAUGCGGCAGCACUAUCUGCUGGUGAAGAUGACUGGCAGAGCCUGGUAACAAAUCAAAUUAACGAAAUCGAAAACUUCCUAAGCUUAGAAGGUGACAACCAACCUAAGAAAAGAAAAGCAGAAGAGAUGUUGGAAAAAAUAACAGAUUAAAAGAAUGUUCAUAAAUGCUUUCAGUGGUGAACUAUUUAACUGAAGUAUCAAUAAUAUGGUUUUGACUAGAACAAAUUGCUGCACCUAAAGCUUUACAGUUAUACUCAGUUUUCCAAUUUUUUUUGAUGUGAUGAAGUUAUGUUUUUACAAAUGUUUCAUUUAAGAUAGAUAAGAUGGCUGCCGGCAUCCAAUUCUCCUAAGUUAAAUUUGCUUUCCUCCAUAUAUCCUUUCAUCAAACUCUUGCACCUUUAACCC